GUGGCACCGAGGCAUGCACCCAUGGCUGUAUUUCAGGAUUUUACGGUACAAGGUGCAACUUACCAUGUGAUGAGAAUUGGAGACAGUGUACAGAAUGCAAAGGAGGGUGUGUCGGUAAGUACUGCCAGCUGAAUUCAUCCUGUGUUUCUGGAUGCGUGGACUCCUACUAUGGCCUUGACUGCAAGAACUGUUCUGAACAAUGUAAAUCGUGCAAUAGAAGCACGGGAAUAUGUGACCAGUGUCAUUCGCCAUACACUGGUCCCAACUGUGAGAUAUCAUGUGAGAAUUGUAAAGGAACAUGCAAGGCCGGAUGCGAAGAAGGCUGUAAUCGCGGAUUUUAUGGUCACUGGUGUGAAAAGGUGUGCAGUGAAAACUGCCGCGCUGGUCCUGACGCAUGUGACAGAAAUGCUUCAAAGAACUGUAGUCCCGAAUGUGACAACAUGACAGGAUUCUGUAUUCACGGCUGUAAUGGCGGGUGGUAUGGAGCUAACUGCUCAACUCAAUGUAACCCAAGGUGUGUAAAUAUGUCCUGCACUGAUUCAGGGGCGUGUGUAGCUGGCUGUGCACCAGGAUAUGCUGGUUCAGACUGUUCAUGCUUUGAAAACUGCAUCGAUCAUAUUUGUUUAUUUGAGGACGGAACCUGUGCGAAAGGGUGUGCUAAUGGUUAUUACGGUGCAUUUUGUAACACCACCUGUGAGAUUUGUAUUGAUGGGAUUUGUGACCGGGAGUCUGGAACCUGCACCAAAGGUUGCAACAUUACUGAUCAAAGAUGCAAGUCUACCUGUUCAAGUGACUGUCCUAUAGAUACCUGCGUCAAGGAAAUUACAUGUGGUGGACCCCCGGCGGUUGAUAGUAGGAACAUCAUAAUAAUACUGUUGACAGUGCUGUGUCUUGGAGGAGUCCUGUUUGCUAGCUGCGUGUGUCUUCGAAAGUAUUCGUCUACAUGCAGGACAAAUCAAGCAGACCACUACUUGGAGGCGUACCAGCCUGCACCCAACAUGUACUGGGAAGUAAGAGAUGCCGAGGUGGAUCUAGAAAACCGGCCCCCUGAUACCGAGGCGACUGGUCAACGAGUACGGGAAGUACAAGCUCAUGAAACUGACCAUGAUUCGGCAUCGGAUGGUGCUUCUGAAGACAGUCUGUCCUACUCUCACCUAAUGAGAAACAUCCCUUUGGAUGAUGAAACAACUGUAUAUCAUAAAUAUAUACCUCCAGCAGAAGACACCACAACCAGGAAUUAAACACCAGUUGACUACAUUAGGCUUCACAAUGCGUAAGGUUAGCUAACAUUUUUAAGACGCUGCCGUAGUUGCUACAGUCUGUUUUCGCAAUUUGGUAUUUCAA